GACCAUUAACAGACCUUGUCAGGCGUCGACAAAGCGCAAGUUGACCGCACCCGACGAUUGAAGACAGCAGCCGUAUGUUUUAAACCCAUCGGCACACCGUAGACAGUCCAUCACUAUCAUGCCGCUAGUAUAUGUAAGCGUAUGCCAGGGCUCUGUGGCGCUCGCGGAGUAUGCGGGCUUCCAAGGCAACUUUGCGGUGGUUGCUCGCGAUUAUCUGGACAAAGCCACCAAGCUGGAGGGCAAGAGCCGAUACGAGGUUGAUGGCCACUCCCUGAACUUCCUCAAUCGCGGCGGAUUCACCUAUCUGGUGAUAGCCAGUGUGGACAGCGGCGUGGCGCUGCCCUCCGCCUUCCUGGACAAAGUGGAGGCAGAGUUCCGGGCCAAGUACGGCGCCGGGCUGCAGCUGGGCGCGGCGGCCGGCUCGCUGAACGCCACAUUCGGCAAGCAGCUUAAGCAGUUGACGGAGAACGCCACGCAGCACCCGGAGGAGUUCUCCAAGGUCGCGGCCGUGCAAAAGAAGGUUGACGAGGCGAAGGCGGUCAUGGUUGACAACAUCGACGCGGUUUUGAAGCGCGGCGAGAAGCUGGAGCAGAUACAGGAGAAGACCGAGGACCUCAUGGCGGAGGCCGACCGCUUCCGCGACGGCGCGGUGCGCGUGAAGCGGAAGCUGUGGUGGCAGAACUGCAAGAUGAAGAUCGUGGUGGCCCUUGCGGUCAUCCUGCUGGCGGUGGUCAUCUUCCUGCUGGUCUGCUUCUCGGGCGGCAACUGCCUCAAGUGAACAUGGGGAAUUGAGGCCAGUCAAGAAGGAGCAUGUUUCUUUCUGAUGAUGGGCAGCGCUGUGUGCCGGGGACAGCUUGUGGAGGGCUUCGGCACCCGCCGGCAAGUGCAGGGUGGGGCUGGUGCGGCCAGGGCCAUGGGCACAAUGUGUGGCAUGAUCGCCCUCCGAUAUGAGGUCCAAGCCCCAGGAAUUCCGCGCCGAGGCGUGUCGGGACUGCACUUAUGGCGAUGUGUGGGGACAGAGGGUACCGUACUUCAGUUGGCUCAAGUAGUUUGGGGUGUGGGUUUCACAGCUGUGCCUUGCGACACGCGGCACCAGUGUGGACGGGGCUAGGAAGUGUUGCGGCAGACUGUGAAAAGCGCACGUGUGUGUGUGUGUGUGUGCGUGCGUGUGACGACUGAUGCAGCGAUGUAUGUUGCAGUGUCGUCUUGCCUUGUGAACUUGAACCUCUCGGAACAUUCAUGCUCGAAUCUAUAUCAAGGUAUUGCAGAUUGUGCGUACACGUGUAUGGUGUGGCGCAUUUACGCCUCACCCCAGUACAUCUUAAUGCCAUCUCCUGUAUUGGUCCAUUGUGUGUCGGGGGGGGGGGGGGCUGACAACAUAGGGUGCCGUAAAAGUCCAAGGCUGUUUACGGCCUUUCCAUGGACAGUGCUAUGCGUUGCAGUGGUCUUCAUCCCAUGUGCCGUGUUAGCCUGGAUUAGGAUUUGUACGGCUGGUGGUGGGAUGGAUCCCAAAGGCUGGGCCCCUACCACAAAUGCGCGCAUGGCGCGGACUAAGAAGCGGUGAGAUGGGACAGGGCAAGGUGCAGGUUGGUGUAGUCCCGUGGACUAUGAAGCGGAUCACGCUGCGAAUGCCAGGUACAGGACGGGGCCAUGCCUGCCGCAUGUUGUACACGGGCUUGGAAAGAGCGCGGAGACGCAGACGCGCAGCACAUGGGCUUGACCUCACUUGGAAAGUGACAACGCCCACAGUAACUCAGUAAGUGCGCACAUUGUUGGAAAGUGAGAAUGCAAUGUAAAACUGCAAUCAG